AUGCUCGUGCCGCGUUGCGUAAGCCUAUGAUGCGAUCUGCGUCUUUUUAUUAGAAGAUUAUAAUCUCGAUACGUGGCUGUAUGGCACUGUGUACAUUCACAUAUCACAUAUUUCAGUUGUUUUAUUUUCCUGCAUAGAACGACGUGUGAAGUAUCGUUUGAAGCAAGGGAGACAGAACAUAACCUUAGCUGCGGCGUUGACACAUGUUUUGAUACAUUGGAGCAUGAGUGCUGUCGCAGUCGAUAUUUUCUCGAUAUAACGACUACAAGGUGACAAAGAUGGUUCAACACAAUGAGUUUCAAGCUGUCGUGCUUGCUGGAGGAAAGGGUUCUCGUAUGACGGAGCUCACAGCAGGCCAGACCAAAUGUUUGCUACCGAUUGCAAAUGUUCCCAUGAUCUGGUAUCCGUUGCAAAUUCUUGAGCGUUCUGGCUUUAAGGAAGCAAUCGUUGUUGUCUCGGAAUUAUCAAAGUUUGAUGUAUCUGCAUCAUUGGACAAACUGGGACUAAAAAUCAAGACGGAGAUUGUGGGGAUUCCAGGAGCGGAGGAUCUUGGCACAGCUGAUUCGAUUAGACUCAUCCACGAGAAGAUACAUAAAGACUUUUUAGUGAUAUCUUGUGAUCUGAUUACAAAUGUAGAUAUAUUGGAGGUGUUGAAUCUGUACAGGAAACAUAAUGCGAGUAUAACGGCUCUAAUGUUGCCCGUACCAAAAGUGCCAGAUAAUUUGGUAACUCCAGGACCAAAAAAUAAGCAAAAACCAGAGACAGAUCUAAUCGGUAUCGACAACAAUACUGGCCGAUUGAUCUUCCUGGCUUCUGCAUCCGAUUUCGAGGAAACGAUUAAUAUCUCGCAGAGGCUUCUCAAGAAGCAUACUAGUUUUACUGUUCACUCUAAAUUGAUGGACGCGCAUUUGUACGUGAUAAAUAAAUGGGUGUUGGACUUCUUGGUGUAUAACAAGAACUUUACUACAUUGAAAGGCGAACUUUUACCAUACAUCGUGAACAAGCAGUUGUCCAAACCUAAACAGUCUAUAGAUGAUAAAAAUACUUCCGUGGUACAAGUGGAUUUGAAGGAAGACAUCUUCCAUUUUGCGACGGAGAAACCUUUGGACGAAGUGAUAAGAAGGAUGUCGGCCUUCAACGAUCACUGCACUGACAUGGAAGAAGCUUACCACGGAGAUAUAAUAAGAUGUUACGCUCAUGUAUCAAACGAAAUGUUUGGUCUUAGAGCCAAUACUGUACAAAUGUAUCAUCUUGCCAAUGCUAAGAUAUCGGAAUGGUGGAAAGCUGACAAGAAAAGUAGGAACCGGUUAUCGCUGCUGCCAAGCACCUCGAGUACGGCGACUGUACACAGUACGCAGAUGCAGGAGUGUCGUGUGGGUGACAAUGGGUUAAUCGAGAAAAAAACAUCGCUUAGGCACAGUCAUGUUGGAGCUAACAGCAUUGUAGAAUCGAAGACGAGAAUAUCUCAAAGCGUAAUAAUGGAAAAUGUGACGAUUAAGCAAAGGUGCGUUAUCCACAAUUGCAUACUGUGUAACGGUUGCACCAUCGAGGAAGGUACUGAAUUGAAAGACUGCUUAGUUGGAGCGCAACACGUUGUGACAUCUGGUAGCCAACAUUCUCGCGAAGUACUCACCGAUGCGGACAGACUUAUAGAAAUUUAAUACUCGCUAUUACCUAAGUAAAAUA